ACCGUCUAUCUUGAUGAUUAUCGGCCUCAUCCCCGCUACGGUGACAGUUAGACUCGAUGAAGGACCGUGGCGUUCAUAUAGAACACGAUAUGAGAGCACUAAUAUCUUGAUCUGAGCUUCCUAUACAGACAGUGAUACCGCCAGACUGAUCGCAAGGAAGCGUCCACCUCCUUCGACGCGUCGAGGACUCGACAUCGACAGAUCGCAGUCCGCUAUUCUCCACUGCUCAGAGGCCAUCUUCGGUUUUCUUCUAUCCUGCAAUUCUUUCGGAUCCUUUCCACACAUGGCGCAGGCUCCAAGACCAGCGUCUAUGUUCCCAGCAGGGCGGCAGAGCAGCUACCCAGUCGCCCAGCAGUCUUCAGCUCUUGCAGUACGGAUAGCGUCAAAAAAGGCAGAAUUGGAUAACUUGAAGGAGCUGCGCGAUCUCAGCGGAGUCCUCGCAUCUCAGAUGCAGGCAUUAGAGGAAAAGCUGAGCACAUUAAAGGACGGAACUGAAGCUGUCGCCUGCGUUCUCGCAAACUGGGGUAAUGUUUUGCGGGCUAUAAGCAUGGCAUCUGCCAAAAUAGCUCAACCGAAAGAUACCACGGACGAAAAGUCACAUGCGGAGAUGGAAGACUCCGAGUGGGCCGGUGCUCCUUUACCAGCGACUCUAGUUCGGAUUCCUGCGGAGCAGUCAGACAAGAAAUAAGGGACAUGGGGUCAUAUCCCUGUACAUGCAUCCACCACCUUAAAUAUUCCGUCCCUGGAGAAUGCGCCGGCUGAGUGAUCUAUGAUCGGACUUGUAAAGGUCAUCGGACGAUGGAUACCCCCGUCUUUCCGGCGACGUACUCACACGCCUCAUCGUGCUGGAGAUGCUUCCUUUGGU